AUGUGUUUCACGGAGGGAGGUCAGCAGAUACUGCUGCCGCUUUUCCCUGGUAUUUCUGCGGGAUUGCAGCCAAGCACAGUCUCGCAACUCACCCCGCUUCUCAUGUUGGCCUCGCAGGAUGCCGCAGCGCUGCAGGACCAAAAUCCCGCCUUUCUCUCAACAAAGGGUGGUGCUGGGGCACCGCUCAUGCCUGUCCACGCAAACUACAUGAUGCCCUUGGCCCAAGCACAGCAACCGUUUGGAGCCCCGUUUCUCUGCCUUGGACCACAUGAAAGUGCCGCUUCGCUUCUCCCAAUUCCUGCCGAUGCGAAUUUGUGCAACACCCAAGCAACUCAACACCCUUUCGCCAUGAGUGGAGUCGCAAACCCCACAUUUUCAGAAACAGGGAAGCCUGCGGAAGCAAGAAGUGGGGACGUGGAAGAUGGUGUCAACCGUUUUGAAGAAAUGCUAAGCGUUCGGAACUUCACCUCUCCGAUCGGAUCCGUUAUGGUGCGCGGCCGCAGGAUGAGUAUGAAGGUGCCCCCCCUUGCCAGACGUCGCCCACCGCCCUGCCGAAGUCCACCAGGAGUCUCUUCCUUUCUACUUUUGUAG